AUGCCGCGGCCGGGGAAGAGCUCCUACAGCGACCAAAAGCCACCCUACUCGUACAUCUCGCUGACUGCCAUGGCCAUCCAGCACUCGGCCGAGAAGAUGUUACCUCUGAGCGACAUCUACAAGUUCAUCAUGGAGCGCUUCCCCUACUACCGAGAGCACACGCAGCGCUGGCAGAACAGCCUGCGCCACAACCUCUCCUUCAACGACUGCUUCAUCAAGAUCCCCAGGCGGCCCGACCAGCCCGGUAAGGGCAGCUUCUGGGCGCUGCACCCCGACUGCGGCGACAUGUUCGAGAACGGCAGCUUCCUGCGGCGCCGAAAGCGCUUCAAGGUGCUCCGGGCGGAUCACGCUCACCUGCACGCAGGAAGCGCCAAGGUCGAAGCUGGCCGAGCUAAAUCUCCGCAGAAGGCAAAAAUCCGAGAGAAAGUGACGUUGAAACGGAUCUUGGCCACCAAGUUUCCCGUCGUCGGUCUCAUCCCUGGGCAGCUGCCUGACAUGAACAAUCAAGACAAAACUGCCACCUACUAA